AUGAUUGCGUCGUCCCGCUCCUCAGCUCCAAGUACGUCCAGCUUGGUCUUAAAAUCAAUCAGUCAUUCAACCAUCCCCGCGUCUUGUUUUGCCUCAUCCUUGCCCCCGCUGGCUUUUUCAUCCAGCUUUACCCCCGUCAGCUUGAUCCACUGCGGAAACUUGUCCGGAGAUGUUGCAAUGGUCGCUCGCCAAGUCUGGUCAGCAGCUUGUAGAACCACCCAGCAAAGCAGCCGCGGCCUCAUCGGGGAAGCUUUCCAGGAGCCUGACAGGCCCAUGGGGUUCGGUCGGGAGCAGACGCUGUUUAAUAGCUCAACCUUUGACUCAAGUCGGUUCUUGAUGUUUUUCAAGUAUCCCAUUGGUCCGCCAACGCUCAAGACGUUUGACUCGACGUCAUGGGCGCUUGCCUUCCUGACUAUAGAAGGACUCCUUUGUUUGUUCCAGAGACGAGCCAAUCAGACUGGAAAAUCCCGUAGCCCCGAAGGCCGUGAAUGCCAGCUGAGUCAACGCCUAAAGAAGCACAAGCGGUAUUGUCUGGCCUGA